AUCUACUCUUACAUCAACCGCAUCAUAUUCUUCUCCUUCAACCAUCUCAAAUCUCAAAUCUCAUUCUCUAUUCACAUUCUCAAUUCAACUCAUUCACACCAAGAAAUGGCAAACUCAUUAGUAAGAAACCAUGAAUCAGAACUGAAUCUCAUGGCCACUGAGCUAAGAUUAGGAUUACCCGGUAGUGAUGAUCAUGAGCUCGAAAAACUUCACAGAAACAACAAGAGAUCUUCACCAGAAUCAACUGAGGUUGAGUCCAUCAACAAGACCAAAAUGAAUACUUCUUCUGAUGAUGAUUCUAAUAUCACAAAUGAUGAUCAAGAUAAUGCUCCACCUUCAAAGGCACAAGUUAUUGGAUGGCCACCAAUUAGAUCUUAUAGGAAGAAUAGCUUACAACAGAAGAAAGGUGAAGAAGUUGGGAUGUACAUGAAAGUGAGUAUGGCUGGUGCACCUUAUUUAAGGAAGAUAGAUCUCAAAGUUUACAAGAGCUACUCAGAACUUCUUGAAGUUUUGGGAAAUAUGUUCAAGUGUACAUUUGGUGAAUAUUCUGAAAGAGAAGGGUAUAAUGGAUCUGAAUUUGUUCCAACUUAUGAAGAUAAAGAUGGUGAUUGGAUGCUUGUUGGAGAUGUUCCUUGGGAAAUGUUCAUGUCUUCUUGUAAGAGGUUGAGGAUUAUGAAAGGAUCUGAAGCAAAGGGAUUGGGUUGUUUUUGAACCAAAAAGCAAAGGAUUAAAAAAGAUAGAGACACAUAGAAAAACUUCUGUUUUCUUUUAUUAUUUUUGUUUUCACAUCUAGUUGUUCCUGGUUCAUUGUUGUUCUAAAUCUUCGAAGCCAGUGUGAAAGAAAGAAUGAGAAGCAAAUGCUGUUUUAAUUGUACAGUGGUUAUAUAUAAUAUAUACAUACAUAAUAUUUCAUUCUGUCUUAUAUAUAUGUAUCUGUUUACAUAUAUAAAUAUAAAUAAAUCAUCAUGUAUACAAGAGGAUCUAUCAAGGGUGCAACUUUCAUUCUCUUUUUUUUUU